AGCUCAGCGAACAGCGUGGAACAUGGGGUGCUGGUCUUGGCAGAGUCAAAGGUCUAAUGGAGGCCCCACCGGCAAGGCAGAGCAAGUGGGAUGCACCCGCACCUGCUUCUGGCUGGGAUGCAAUGCCUCCAAGCCAGCCGCAGCCGCCUACUUCCGGCUGGGAUGCAAUGCCAAGCCAGACCGCCCCUAGCGUCGACGCGCGCGCCAUGGGCGUGGGGUUCUUUGACGCCUCGCAGGCAAUGCAGGGCGCAGGCGACUUUGGGAAUGUUGCCUUCGGCGAGGGCCAAGGCUGCCAGGGCUGCCAGGGCUUUGGCUGGGAACAGAUGGCUGGUGGAUUUGCAUCGCAGCCGUCGCAGCCCGCGUCCAAUCUCAUGUCGGAAGUCAAGGUGAUCCAGAUUCCUGCAAAGCAGAAGGGAGGCUUGAUCGGGAAGAAGGGCGAAGCGAUCGCUCGAAUACGACAAGCCACAGGAUCUGCCAUCAAGAUCGAACAUCAAGAUGGCGACUAUUUGGCCACAGUCACCAUCUCCGGCAACGUGGACAUGGCAGAACAGCUCAUCAAUGAACGCCUCAGGGAGCAAUUUCAUCCCAGGGAUGAAUGGGCUCAAAAAAUUAUUGACGUCGACCCAAGCAUCGUGGGUCAUAUCAUUGGCCCCGGUGGGGCAAAUCUGCGACAUAUCUUUGACACCACUGGGUGCAAGAUCAAAUUCCUCCAGGCCAUGGAGGUGGACCCUAUGGCUCUUCCAGGGCGGCAGGUGGCCUGUGUGCGUGGCCCACCAGAUCGGCUUCGAGAAGGGCCACCUGUGGCCAUGGCGGGCGAAGACCAAGGAGCGUCUCCUGAAGCCAAGGUGAAGACCAAGGAGCCGCCGGCAGAGACCAUGGAUGACCUGGCCAUGGAGACCAAAAGGACAGCGCUGUUGGAUCGCCUGGAAAGUCAGUUGAAGAAAGGUCCCUCCUUCACCACGCGUUUAUUGUUUGCCUUCAACGUGUCGGAUGAUCGCAAAGUACAGCGGGCCAUCGACCAAGAGUUCACGGACUGGAGGAAGACCACAGCUGGAGCUCAAGCCGUGAACGGCAUCCUGAUCUACACCCAGUCUGUGGCCUUGCAUUUGUUGGAGGGGCCCACUGAGAUGCUCUUCAACGCCCUGGCACUGUUCCAUUCCGUCAGCGCCGAAGUGAGAAAGGCGCCUGAGGUACAGCCAGGUACCACCCCACGGCCCAAUGAGAAGGGUGAACUUCCAGCUCUGCUGUCAGGGCUUCGGGUGCUUCAUUUCACCGAGCUCCAUGGUGUGUCGGUGGUGAAAUCUUGGUGUUCCCUGGUGCAUCCAGGACGGCCCACAGGCAAUCAGAUGCCAGUAGAGGAGGCCAAUUGUCAUGAGCUGGUCUUCUCAUGCUACAAGAAGGUCCUGUGUCUGUGUCUCAAGGUCCAGAAACUCUUGGAUGGAGAGGCAGAUCCAGACUCAUCCCUUAAUAAGACCUACAAGAAGGCAGCAGAUGAACUUCCAAGUGUCGACGAGGUGCUGGUGCUGGUGAGCAGAUCCUCCGCGGAGUAUUUCUUCACCUUUCCGGAGUUUGAGAAGGUAUUCAUGGCACCAUUCCAGUUGGCUUUACAUUCUGAGCUCCUAUGGCCCAUGCCGCCGGCCUUGUCCUACUGA